AUGAUUUGGUAUCUGCUGUAUCCUUUGCGAGGAACGACGGAAGCUCCUGUCCUUGCCCCGACGCAUCCUCUCUGCCGAGCCUUCGCGAGAUACGGCCGAUACGCCGCGAGACACGUCGUAACAACACUCCUUAUAUCCGUCGCCGUUGCCGCCAUUCUCAUUUACCCAUUUCCGUACCUCUACACCUCAGAUCUAAGCAAUGGCGCUUCCAACCUACCCCAUCAUGUGUGGACUGCCGCGCAGCCGCUCAAGGAAAACAGCACCGAGCCCGAUGUCAUAAUGCGUUCGAUAUGGGUUCAUGGCAGUUAUAUGAAGGCUUUGGAACGCGAUGUCUUGCUCGGCGCCCUCGAACUGCAAGACGAGCUCCUUGGUUCCACUAAAGACUUCAGUCCGCGCCGACCCGUCUCGACCCUUCGUCGUCUCCACGACCCUCUUGUAGAUCUCACUCCAGGAGACCGGGAUGCUUUUCAUGUCGUCAACGGCCUCACAAAUCAAUCAUGGUUUUUUCACUCGCCUUUACAGUACUGGUCGUGCUCUCAAGAGCGCAUAUCAGCAGAUGAAGAUAUUCUUUCUACCGUCAACGCGAGGAAAACCCAGCCAACCUCGGUCAAUGUUACACUGCGGCAUUCGAUUGUUUUCAGCGGCAAGCGCUUCGAAGAUCGAAAGCUCAUGGCUGCUGACGCUUUGGUGAUAACCCUAAUUCAUCUUCGCGAUUCCCCCGUUGGCCGUCAAUGGGAGAGGAAGGCCGAGGCUCUUGCUACUCAGAUGAAGGACAAAUGGACGGCGUAUCCUGCCGACGGAAGAAGCAUGACCAGCCAGCUUUACGAGUUCCAGUUCAUGCCCAUCUCCGUUCAGGAUACGGUGAUUCUGGCGCUUGCAUACGGUCUGGCUUCUGUCUACUUUUUAUUUAGCCUCUCUAAGCUGAGAGCUGUGAAGUCCAAGAUUGGGCUGAUAGUGACGGUUUUCGUUCAGAUCGUUGUGUCCAUCAUGUCGAGCUUCACAGUAUGCGCCGUCUUCCGAGUCGAUCUUUCAGGAAUUCCGCAGGCAGCGUAUCCUGUUGUUGUCCUCUCUAUGAGCCUCGAGAACAUUUUCAGGCUCAUUAAUGCCGUCAUAUUGACCCCUUCGGAAAACAGCACGAGCAGUCGGAUUAGUCGCGCGUUUGGUGAGACGGCACAUGUCGCCUUGGCUAGCUCGGCACAAAACGUCUUGAUUCUAUGGGGCUUAUCUCAAAUUGUCUCACCUGGCGUUUCCGCAUUUUGCACUUUUGUAUCCGUUGCGAUUGUCUUCGACUUCUUCUAUUUAUCCACCUUUUUCUUGGCUGUUCUCAGCGUCGACGUGCGUCGAACGGAGCUUAGCGAUGCUCUCGCCAAGGCCUCAUUAAAGAAUAACAGGUAUGGACAGGAACAGCCCCUCAAGACAAGCUGGUUUGAAGCCAUGCUUCAGGGGAAAAUUGCCUUGUCUACCCGUAUUGCCGGUACUGUCAUCAUGAUUACGUUUGUUCUGAUUGCGCAGUGGCACUUUUUCGAGAACGAUACUGUCGCUCGACUUGUGCUUGGGAUAUUCAGAAUGGGCAGGAACAGCGUCAACUUCAGUCCGCAGAAAGACACAAUGCUUAUCGAUAUUCACCAAGCACGUAGCCCAACAUCGUGGCUUCGACUACAAGACCAUGAGAGCGCUCGCGAGGUUAUCAACGUCAUCAAGCCGCGGUCUCACAGCUACAUCGCGCGCGUCUACGACCCACUAGUUUUUGUACUCAAUGGUGCUGAUCGCACCCCGCGCAUACCUGAGCGACCUCUGCUGCCAGCCCUUUACGAUUUCAUCAAUCAUCACUCUAAGCAUUUUUUGGUCACAGUUCUAUUCAUCAUCUCAGCUGUCCGUCUCCUUAUGAACUACUUGUUGUGGGGAGAUGAUGCGGAUUCGAGACGGAACGACGACAUCGGUGACCAGCCUCUCCUAGCUAUCGACACGUUGCCAGAGGAGCACUCACUUGAUGUGGUUCUCAUGUCAUCUUCGUAUGACGGCCACAUCAUAUCCGUCGGACUUGACCGCGCGAUUCGGGUGUGGGACGUCCGGUCCGGUAUACGGGGCUACUCGCUGGCGGAUGUCAAACCACCACCGGAGAACCCUUUCCCCAUCUUGGCUGUUGCAACAGAUAAGAAGUCUAACUGGUUGGCUCUCCUGUCAGCUCGCAAAGUUUUCCUAUGGAACAUGCUAGAGCAUCGAUGGAGCCUGUCGGUACCAGUCGAUUUAAACGGCCAGAAACCCGAAGGUUUCUUUUUUGGCGUCCCAACAUUCGAACACCCUAGUCCGUUAGUCAUUGUGCGGCGGAAUGGGACAAUGACGCAGAUCUUCCCGGGUAUGAGAGAGCCCAUGGAAUUUACCAUCUGGAAAAGUCCCCUUAUAUCUGUCCGGCCGCUCGUGCAGAAAAGUGCACCGAAUGGAAACUCGCAACUAUCCAUACUUACUGCAUCGAGGAAAGGCUGCAUCCACGUCGCAACCCACCAGGAGGACGAUACGUGGAUAUCGCAAAGCCUUGACGUCCACUCUGUGGAAGAUCGAGACGCGUAUCAAGUUGUACCGCUCUCUGCGCUUAGCUCGUUUCUGAUUGCCAGAUCUCAGACGGUAGAUCUUGUUGACGCGAAGACCAAGAACUUGCUCCACACAUUUGAAACCGAACCCAUCCAGCCGCGGUCGCUAAGGUGUUUCCACUCUUCACGACGCAAACCUCAAUGCGGAUCGGUUGGACUUGUGUCAUUUGGUAUCGCGUACAACCACGCCGACUCGGGCGACUGUAUCAUGCAGACUUACACUUGCAAAGAGGAUGGAGAUGUCAUCUGCUUCCGGAGUACGAAUCUCCCACCGAGUCGCAGUUGCUCAUUGUGGCAUGACACAAUUGAGACGAAACGACAGAUCCAUAACCCGGGCACGUGGGAAGCGCUGCCUAACGGCUUUCUCGUAGGUGUUCGGAAAGAUGCACAAGACAGCGGAUCCAGCAGUGGUGAGUCGUCUCCCACAACCACCAGUGGACUCCGGCGCAGGAUGUAUCAAAGGCUUGAAAGGCGGCCCAGUAGAUCUCAGGACAAUUGGGAAGUUUGGAUCGCCUCACAGCUGGGGCGAGAUGAGAUAUACGAAACCCAACCGCUUCAUUCAGAAGACGAGAACGGCUCUCACCUUAUCAUCUCUGAACUUGGUCCCAUGGUCAAAGUCGGCACGGCGUCAGUCGCGGUGGGAUUCGGAAACAUUAUUAAACUGAUUACGGUUGGACAUCAGCAUUUCGAGGACCUGGCAGAAGGGGAAAACGGAGACCUCUUGAACUUAGGGAGCCGGCGGAGGAAGCCAGCAGGCGCUACGCAUGCACGAAUGAAGGUCCCAUCCUGGAAUUGA